AUGAUUUCCAAUCGGAUAGCUCUCCGUACAAUUAGAGCGACCUUACCCAUCGCCAAUGUUUCCUUCACAGCCCCAGCUGUGCCUCUGGCCCGGAACUUUGCAAACCUAGCCGCCAUUUCCGACCCAAGGCCUCCCAUUGCCCUUUUUGGACUUUCCGGAACGUAUGCUAGUGCAUUGUAUACUGCUGCCGUUAGGAGUCAAACUCUUGAGAGCACUGCCAGGGCUAUCAAUGCGCUCAAAGACCUGUAUAUUAAGGACAAAAAGCUAGCGACAAUAAUGCAAACUCCAACGCUGUCAGCCCAGGAUAAAUCCGCAAUCGUCUUUGAGUUACAGAAGCUUAUCGGGGAAGCUGACAAAGGAAACACCUUUCAAAACUUCUUGAAAACUGUCGCAGAGUACAAUCGAUUGGGCCUCAUGAAGGAUGUCUGCGAGAAAUUUGGGGAACUAAUGGGUGCUGCAAGGGGCGAGGUUGAACUUGUCGUCACCAGUGCUAUGCAAUUGGACAGCAAGACCAUCAGUAGGCUUGAGUCGUCUAUUUCUAAAUCUCAACUAGCGGGUCAGGGUAAGAGGCUCAAAAUAAAAAAUAAGGUUAAUCCUGAAAUUAUCGGAGGUCUAGUAAUCGAGAUCAGUGACCGUACUAUUGAUCUUAGCGUCUCAUCACGACUUGCAAAAAUGGACAAAUUGUUGACCGACAAUCUGUAG